AUGUCUGGGAGUCUUAAUGAUUGCUUAGACCAAAUUAAGCAGUCCUGCGACUCAAUAUCUACAUUGUACUUUAAACCUCCCGGCAUAUUUCACAAUGCAAUUGUUCCAGAUCCAUCAACCUCAUACGCAGAUAUCAUAACGAAUAUAAUACGAGACGGGGACCCUCAGGAAGAAGCCUCGUUGUACAAAAUAAACGAAAACAAACUUCCGCGUCGUAAAGACGAUAAAGUUGGUGUUUUUGACUUUCUAACGGAGCAUGAGGCAAAUCUGAAACGCAGUCGCCGUUUAGGGAACGUUGAGCAUACCCCCAUCAUCCACGUUCCAAAAGAUUUCUACUUGAAGCAACACGAACAAGACGCUCUCCGAAGUCGCAAACAACAGCCGUAUUUACUAGGUGGCUCGAAAACCGAAGGUAUACUAAAGGUCUUGCUCAAGAACUUUGAGAAUGAUGAACAAGUUAAAAACCUGCUACAUGCGUUGCAAAAUGGCACCGUGAUCACAGAGGAUGAAACUGCAGAUGUCCCUAAUCGUAGAAAAACUCUUUUUGUCGAGGAUUUCCCCGUGGAGCUUAUAUUUAAGGUGCACAACGAGAUUGUCACGCAGUGGCCUGUUUCUGAAUAUCAAAAGAACUACUCCGAGCUUUUACAACACUACACUGAAAUUGACUCUGAUAUACGCAAACUUCGCCAGCAAAUCGGUGAUCAAGAGGCUCAAUUGCAAGAUAUGAACAUGAGUUCAGGGGUCGCCAGGCUCAUUCAAAAGGAACAACAGGAAGUUCUAGAUCUACAACAAAAACUGCAAAAGCUAGAAAGGAGCAGAUAG